GAGGCACGACACGCUCCCGUUGACACACACGUCACCGUCGGCUCCGUCGCGGUCGUUCCCCGUGUAUUAAAUUUCACGCCUGUUGCGCACUUUCACAAAUUCACAACGCUUUCGUAAUUUUUUUUUCCUCUCGUAGCGCAACCUCGUCCCAGGGGACGAGCUCGUGCGUUCGGUUUGGCCCGCGCGACCCGCGACGCGUGAUCGUCGGACGAGAGAGAAAAAAGAAACGGAAGCUGCAACAGGCUGCGAAAGAAGAGAGAAAAAAUAAUAUAACCUGUAACCCUCCGACGAGACUAGAGUCCAAAGUCUGGGCGACUCGCGGCGUCCGACUUGCGGUCAGUCAUAUUUAUUCUGAAUCAUGGCGCAAUACGAAGAUGUCAUUCUGGAAGCCAAAGAAAAAGAAGACGAUUUAUCAGUGGAUUUAGGAGUGCGACAUCGUAUCCCAUGGAGCGAACGUGUAUUGCUAAAUAGCGAAAUACCUGGUUUACAUGAAGUUAAAGAAUUGUUAGAGGACGAUGACGCAAGUUGCCUCGCAGAAGAGGAGGACGGAGUUGGGUGUCCGUUACCUUCGACGCCGGAAGAUGAUCAUCUUCUGGAUUGUGAAAUGACUGAAGUGUUGAAGGCAGGAGUACUGAGUGAUGAAAUCGAUUUAGGUGCACUAGCGCAUAACGCAGCAGAGCAGGCUGAGGAAUUCGUUCGAAAGGUAUGGGAGGCAUCAUGGAAACAGUGUCACUUUAGAAAUCUACCAAGAUGGUUGCAAGAUAACGAUUUCUUACACGCUGGCCACAGACCGCCAUUACCCUCGUUUUAUGCGUGUUUUAAGAGCAUUUUUCGAAUUCAUACAGAAACCGGUAAUAUCUGGACACAUUUAUUAGGCUGCGUUGCCUUUAUUGGUAUAGCUAUAUUUUUUCUAUCGCAACCUCCUAUAGAAAUUCAAUUGGAAGAAAAAUUGGUAUUUGGUACCUUCUUUGCUGGUGCUAUACUUUGCCUAGGAUUGUCAUUUGCCUUUCACACAGUUCAUUGCCACAGCGAAUGCGUGGGAAAGCUGUUUUCAAAGCUAGAUUAUUGUGGCAUAGCUAUGCUUAUUAUGGGUAGUUUUGUACCAUGGCUUUAUUACGGAUUUUAUUGCGACUAUCAACCCAAGUUAAUCUAUCUGUCUGUGGUGGUUGUCCUUGGUAUAACCAGUAUCGUAGUUUCAUUGUGGGAACGAUUUGGCGAACCAAGCUAUCGUCCGCUCAGAGCUGGGGUUUUUAUGGGUUUUGGACUUAGCGGGGUAAUACCAGCUGUACACUAUGCCGUCGCCGAAGGUUGGUUCAAGGCGAUUAGCCAAGCAUCCCUCGGAUGGCUAAUACUAAUGGGAUGUUUGUACAUAUUAGGCGCGUUAUUUUAUGCUUUAAGGGUACCUGAACGUUUUUUCCCAGGAAAAUUCGACAUUUGGUUUCAGAGUCAUCAAAUCUUCCAUGUAUUAGUAAUCGCAGCUGCUUUUGUUCAUUACCAUGGUAUUACGGAAAUGGCAAUGCACAGAAUGACAAUAGGCGAUUGCACAAAUCCAUCGCAGGUGUUGGCUUUUUAAAUCUCCGGGCAUAUAUCUUCAUUUUGUUGAUAACUUUCAUAUUUCAUUAAUCUAAUAAAAAGACUACAAAGAUU